GCUCUGCUGACACAAAUCUUGGAGUUUGGACAGACGCCAAAACAGUUGUUUACAACUCCUCAUCCCCAAAGGAUAAUGCCGAAGGUGAAAAGCUUGUCUCGAACAUCUAGUCACAGCGUUUCCAUAACUGAGUCUUCAGUUUCUCCAAAUGAAGAAUCAUUUGAAGAUUUGACAGAAGAAAGUAUAACGCUUGCUUGGAACAACAUUGCCAAACUAAAAUUAGAUGAGCAAUAUAAAAUUCAUAAAGAAUUCAACACUGAAGAUGUUUUCCAGAGAAUCGAAAACAAUCCAGAGAAGUGUGUCCUUUUCAAACAUGGCUUUGUCAUCUUGUCUAAUCUUACCAGGAGACACCACUGUCAUAAGUUCUUCAUGGGAUAAUCAUAUAUAUUUUUAUUCAAUUGCAUUUGGAAGACAGCAAGACAUCUUGAUGGGACAUGAUGAUGCAGUCAGCAAAAUCUGUUGGCGUGAUGGGCAUUUAUAUUCUGCGUCUUGGGAUUCUACUGUGAAGGUGUGGCACUGUGUUCCUGGAGAGACCUUGAGCAAUAAAAAACACCACUUUGAACUGCUUGCAGAGUUAGAACAUGAAGUUAGCGUAAACACAAUCGAUCUUAAUGCUACAAAUACUGUACUGGCAUCUGGAACCAAAGAGGGUACCAUUAGUGUUUGGGAUGUUUCUACAGCAACAGUGUUGCACCAAUUGCCUUGCCAUUCUGGGACUGUGUUUGAUGCUGCUUUUAGCCCUGACAGCAGACACCUACUCAGUGCAGGAGAGGACUGUUGUUUUAAAGUAAUAGAUGUACAGACUGGAAUGCUUAUAUCUUCUGUAACUACCGAUGAGCCACAGAGGUGCUUCAAAUGGGAUGGAAAUACCAUUUUAUCAGGAAGUCAAUCUGGUGAAUUACUGAUUUGGGACCUUCUUGGAGGAAAAGUUAUUGAAAGAAUCAAAGGACAUACAGGUGCUGUAAUGUCCAUGUGGAUGAAUGAACAGUGCAACAGUGUUAUUACAGGAGGGGAAGACAGGCAAAUCAUGUUCUGGAAACUGCAGUAUUAAGUGCCUUUCCCUCCAGACAUUUAAUUGAACUCUUAUUUUAAACCAAACCUUUUAAAGGAACUUAACUGUGUGCAAUGAUGGCUGCUGAAGUUCAACCAGACACGAAGCUUUGUUCAACUACAACUUUCUAUGUUAUGGUGACUUCACUGAGAGCUCUUAACUUCCAUAGUGUAUGCAUUUGUUUUUCAUGGACUAUCAGACUGAAAAUGCUUGUCUAAAAUAUCUGAGAUAAAAUUAAAGACCUAUUUUUCUGUAAUUAAAAAGCUCUUAACUUGCAGUCAUUGCUUGAUUUGCAUAGAAUGCAUCAUAGCGUGCUGUCUGAAGUGGUUUGAAAGAAGCAGCAUUUGCAUUCUUAAGAAUUAUUUAAGGACGCAUGCAACUUAUUAUGUCAUAAGACAUGGCACUAAUUUAUGUACCUAUUGUGUAGUAAACCCUUCUUCCUAGUGAAGAGUCAGACAACGGUGAAUAGGAUGAACACUAAGGCAGUUCUUGUUCUGAGCGGUGGUCAGCAUAUUUUACCUAGCCUCUAAGUGCAGCUAUUUGCAAAGGCAUAGAGGAGAAUAAGAAUGUAGUCUAGAUUGCCUUUUCCUGUUGGAAAACAGCACUAAUGUAUUGGCUCGAAAGGAAGCCAAGCAUAAAAAUUGAGCCACUAACAGAGAACAGUUACACAUACAUGUCAUGUGAUGAUAUAAAUCUUCCCCUAACACUGUGCCUGAAGUUAGUCUGUAGUGUCUUCUGCUGUAUUACUACUGCCUUUCAUCACUUCUAUUGCUGUCCUUCUGUUUAUAAUCUUCAGCAUUUUCAUGUUUUGUUUGGUGUUUUCAAUCUCUUUCCACUGAGAUCAUCUUUAGGAUGGAAUUUACAAUACAGUACUUAAACAGAGCUGCAGUUUCUGGGUUUAUCCAGUCCUGCUUUUUCUUAACCCAGUGACAAAACAGUGUAGCAGUAUUAUUUUCUCUGUAGGACUUAAGAAUUAUCAUUUCCUGCAAGGGCCUGUUCUGAAGUUAAAGACCUGAAAUAGAGUAAUAAACAACUUCAGUUCUGAUGUUGCUCCAGUAUGACCCAAGAUCAAUAUUUAUUUCUCUGAUGGUAUUCUCUACUGCUCAUAUUAAGAAGCCCUAUUGUCACAUUUUGCCAGGGCAAAGGAAAACCAGGGGAAUCUCCUUGGAUUCUUUACAAUUUGAUGAGCCUGCCAGGAUCGUGCUGAGAGUGUCACUGGGACAAAUGGAUUACAUCCCUUAUAUCAAUUAUUAAAGUUCCUGGAAAGUUGUGUACAAGCAGAAGAUUUGGGACAGGAUAAGGGUUCCAGAGUAGCUGGUGAUUACCUGCUUACUGCGAAAAGGGCUGGAGCGAUAUACAGUCAAACCUCAAGUACUGAGCUUCAGCAGCUAGCAUGAUGUUAGUAGAUAAGCAGGUAUAGCACUGUUCUUACCCAACAGGCAUUCCUGUGGGGUGGGAAGAUAGGGUCCAGCUGAUGAAUUGAUCCCUGAUGUUCUGGUGGAGCUCUUCCCUACACUUCCCCUCCUGUUUCAUUUUUAUAAGGCUUCUUUACUAUUAGGUGGAGCUUGAGUGACUUCAGUUACAUUCUUUUAUUCUUGUUUGGUGUAAAAAUCUCUCUCUUUGCAUUUGAAGGUAUAGUUAAGAAAACUUGGAGCACGUGCCCAGUUGGGAGGUGGGUAGCCUUUAGAAUAGAGGGCUGUUCUGUUAUUCCUAGUGAACCUAAUGAGCAAAGUUCAAGUCAAGGACACUAUUUCGUCAUGGUUGCUGAGACAGCGGUUGUGAUCUGUCUUCCCUAAUAGCAGCUAUGCAGUUUUCUUUGCAGUUCCAUACCCAUCCCUGCUAACGGAGACUGCCUGUAUCACCUAGAGCAAUACCCUGUCCUCCAUUCCAGAGAUGCUGGACAUAGUGCCUAGCCAGAACAGGCCUUUCCCAUGGCAACCACAUUCCUUUCCUGGGAGCAGCAACUGCAUUUCACACUAAAAUUGCUUCAAUACAGUGUACUUAACCUUGAGGAACUUUGCGGUUCCCCCCAUUUUCCGUUAUAUUUCCAAACCUGUCAAUGUCUCCAGGACAAGCAUUAUGUGCACUCGUGUAGAGAUCCUGCCUUAGUUUUAACACCUAGUUUGGAGUGCAGCUGUUUAUUUAUCAUUGUAAAACAACUAUGGUAUUGCUAGGGGCUGUUUUUUCAUUCCCUCAAUUUUUUGUAAUGUUGGAGUUUUUGAAAAAUCAGUUCAAUUAGGUAAUGGAAUGAUGUUAAAGCAAACUGCCAUUUCAGCUGUAUUACUCACUUGGCUUAGUAAAUAACUGAUUUUUCGAUGUAAUGAGUGAGUGUGUGUGGUGAAAGAUUAAGCUGCAUCAUGCAUGCCUGCUGUUCCCAAUCUUAAUAUUUGGGCAGAACAGUCGGAGUCUGCUCUGUUUCUUUACCUUUCAUUGUGUUUAUUUACCAAAUAUAGCUGCAUGUAGACAAGAAAGACAUAGAAACCCACAUCCCACACUUCCUUGGACAUGUCUCGGGUGAUUUCUGGAUUGUGUUAAAGAGGUUUCCUUUAUGUUUUAAGCAUGCCCAUCGCUACUUGGUUAACUCCACCUAUUGUAUUUUGUCCCUGGCCCACAAGGCUUAGGUCUUCUGCAUUACAGUACCAGCCUAUGUUUAAAAUUAGCACUCUAACUUGUUUUACCUUUUAGCACAUCCUCUUUCCGUAUUCUUUUCCUGCUAACAUGCAAUUCUGCAACUCAAGUUUCAUUCCAGUGUGCCUGAAAAUCACUAAGGAGCUACUUGAGCAAUAGUAAACCACACACGGUCACACCUGUUUUCUUGACAAUGUCUUACCCAAAUUUUGGGCACAGCUGUGCUCCUUUAUCAUUAUGGGGCUCCUACUGAUGUAAUCUAGAGGAAAAUGACCCUGAAGUUGGCCACCUCUGAAUUCUGGCUAAAGGAUGUUUUUCUCUGAGAUAGCUUAGCUUUCUUUUAUUUAAAUACGGACACAUAAAAUGCAUCGCUUUUAAGAACAUCUGAGGCUCAGCUUUCUGUCGCAAAGCAUUCUCACAAAACAGAGCACACAGGCAGCUCUUUCACUGCCUAAAACAGCCUUAGCUUUGCUUUUGGGAAGAGAGGGCAUGGAAAUAAGGUUAAUUCUGUGACUAGGUUAUAGCACCAGUAUGUUGGGUUUUUUUUAAUCAGAUGUAUGUAAGGAAUUAUGUACAGACCAACAGUUUCAUGCAGUUUAUCUGUGUUCAUGCAUUUAACCGUAACUUACUCUUCCACACAAGUUAGGGGACUUGAGCAGCCUGGUCUAGUGGGCGGUGUUCCUGCUUAUAGCAGGGCCGGUAGAAUGAGAUGAUUUUAAGGUCACUUCCAACCCAAACCAUUCUGUGAUUCAAAGUGAGUUUCUGCAUGAAAAGAGGGAGGUUUUAAAUCAGUUCUUUCACUUCUGGUUGCUACAUGCUACAGCUGGAAGGAGAAAGUCACUAUGUACUUGUACUGAAAUUCUACCUCUGUAUUAGAUCUCCCCUGUAGGUAGAGCUCUGAUACAAAAAAUAAGAUUGUAUUCUUCCUCUGUGCUUAUGUUCCUCCAACUUGUUUUUGUUGUCAGUUCACUUUAUUUUAAAAGUUGUAGCCAGACUCAUACUUGGUAGAGAACUGCAAGGUUUUAGGUGGCCAAACCCCACUAGUCAAGCUGUAAGAUGGUCAUAGGUUUGCUUAAAUAAGGAGUUUUAAAGCUUGAAUAGGUAUGGAACUGGCCUCUGCUGAAUGAUCUGUGCUUAAAUAAAACCUGAUUAAAGACAGAGAUCAGCAUUUCAAUAAUACAUUGUUUGGGCUCCAGGAAUUUCAUAUCCAAGUUCCUUGGCAGGUUAGUUUGCUUAAGCAUUGACUGCUACAGGCCACAGGUUCUAUGCCCAUAAGGCUGAAUCAUACCAAUGUUACAUGAAGUCAGCAACUACUGCCAGUAAGUGCUUGCCACAGUGGUUCCAGAGACAUAUCAUUUAGUAACCAAACAAUCCAAUUAAAAUGGCUCCCAGCAUUAAACUGAUCACCACUACAGCCUGAAGGAGUGUAACAGUUUGCCCUCAGUUACCAUAGCCAAGAAAUUUGUUUGAGAAAACAGGAAGCUACAAGGCAGACUCUUCUUGACAGGCACAGCUGAGCUUACGCUGCUUAACCGUACUCUGAAGUUCAGUAAUCCUAGAUUGCACAACUGAAACAUAAAAAAGCAUAAAAGAAAGGCAAUCGCUCACCAAAACUGGCAUUUGAUUUCAGAUCACUUAACUUCUUAAAGUCUCAGUUGAGUAUGCCUCUGACCUAGUGUAGUGGGUUUACCCCAGCCAGCAGCUGAGCCCCCACUGAGUUUCCAAAUCAGCUGCCUCACAGCAGGAUGGGUAAGAGAAUCAGAAGGGCAAAAACCAGGAAAACUUGCAGGGUGAUAUAAAAGACAGUUUACUAAGUGAAGAGGAAGAAAAAAAAAAAAGGGAAAAAAGCAAUGCAAAGGCACUCACUUCGCACCUCCCACCAGCAGCAGACGGAUGCUCAGCAGUCUCCUUGCAAGAGCUGCUUUGAAAAGACUCCCCUCUCCAUGAAUUGUCUCCAAUGUGAAAAGGUGUGGAAUUUGUCUUUGGUCAGUUUGCUGGGAGCAGCAGCAGGAGUGGAAAGCAGAAAAAAAUCUUGACACACUGCAAGCACUGCUCAGCAAAACAUUGGUGUGUUAUCAAGGCUGUUCUAGUCACAAGUCUCAGCCACAGCACGGAAUCAGCUGCUGUGAAGAAAAUUAACUCCAUCCUAACCAGACCAAGUACAUGCAGCAAGCUGCAUAUAGUUUUAAAAUGAAAUGGCAUCUAUGCAAUUAGCACAUCUUGUAAGAUAAAAGUUAAGCCUAUCCUGUCUAAAGAUCCCAGCUCUACC